CUUUCCUCACACGUUCCUUCUGUCUCUCUACUUUAUCUCUUCUUUCAACAUUAACGAACUUUUCCCAUUUCCUUUCAUACAGGAAAACAGCCUCUCGUCGGCCGUCGGUUUUCUUUUUCAAACCGCCGUGACGUACAAAUCUUUGAACAUUUUAAUCCAAGCAGUUUCUUGUAGCGUGGGUUUUGUUUGUAUGCUUACGUCUAAUAAAAGUUUUCAUGGCAUCAAGAUCGUGUGCAAAUUUUUUACACUUGGUCUCUGGGGAUCUACUUGAUAUUCCUCAAACUCCAAGAGCUCUUCCUCGCGUAAUGACUGUUCCUGGGAUCAUCUCUGACAGGGAUUCUUGUAGCAGUAAUGAUGGGGAUUCAGAUGUAACUUCAUCUGGUUGUAGAGAACGCAAAAUUAUAGUAGUAAACAUGUUACCUUUGCAUGCUAAAAGAGAUGGAGAAACUUCUAAAUGGCGCUUCAGUUGGGAUGAGGAUGCUCUUUUUCUACAUCUGAAGGAUGGAUUUUCUCCUGAAACAGAGGUCGUAUAUGUAGGGUCUCUCAAGGUCGAUAUUGAUGUGAAUGAACAGGAAGAAGUUGCCCAAAAACUGUUAGAAGAUUUUAAUUGUGUUCCUACAUUUCUACCUAAUGAUUUGCAGAAGAAGUUCUAUCUUGGGUUCUGUAAACAGCAUCUGUGGCCUCUUUUCCACUAUAUGCUGCCCAUGUGUCCUGACCAUGGUGAUAGAUUUGACCGUAUUCUAUGGAAAGCAUAUGUUUCUGCUAAUAAAAUAUUUGCUGACAAGGUUAUGGAAGUAAUCAAUCCGGAUGAUGAUUAUGUUUGGAUUCAUGAUUAUCACCUGAUGGUUCUUCCCACAUUUUUGAGGAAGCACUUCCAUAGAAUCAAGCUUGGAUUUUUCCUGCACAGUCCUUUCCCCUCAUCAGAAAUAUAUCGAACAUUGCCUGUUCGGGAUGAGAUUCUUAGGGGACUGCUGAACUGUGAUCUAAUUGGUUUUCAUACAUUUGAUUAUGCACGGCAUUUCUUGUCUUGCUGCAGUAGAAUGCUGGGCCUUGAUUAUGAAUCUAAAAGAGGGCAUAUUGGUCUCGAUUACUUUGGUCGCACAGUUUUUAUUAAAAUUCUUCCAGUAGGGGUUCAUAUGGGUAGACUUGAAUCAGUGUUGAAUCUUGCCUCCACUGCUGCCAAGGUCAAAGAGAUUCAGAAGCAGUUCGAAGGGAAAAAAUUGAUUCUUGGCGUAGAUGACAUGGAUAUCUUCAAAGGUAUCAGUCUUAAACUACUGGCUAUGGAACAGCUGUUACAGCAGCAUCCAGGUUUGCAGGGUAAGAUAGUCCUUGUUCAGAUUGUGAAUCCUGCAAGGGGGUUUGGAAAGGAUGUCCAGGAAGCUAAGAAGGAGACUUAUAUGGCUGCUAAAAAGAUCAAUGAUGUCUAUGGUUCACCCAAAUAUCAGCCUGUAGUUUUGAUUGAUUGUCCUGUUCCCCGUUACGAGAAAUCUGCCUAUUAUGCACUGGCAGAAUGUUGCAUAGUAAAUGCUGUGAGGGAUGGAAUGAAUCUGGUUCCUUACAAGUAUAUUGUUUGUCGGCAGGGAACUCCUGGCAUGGAUGAGGCACUGGGUGUAAAGCCAGAAUCUCCUCGGACAAGCAUGCUUGUUGUUUCGGAGUUCAUUGGUUGCUCACCGUCUUUAAGUGGAGCGAUAAGGGUAAAUCCUUGGGAUAUUGAUGCCGUGGCUGAGGCUUUAAAUACAGCUAUUUCCAUGCCUGAGUCAGAGAAGCAAUUGCGGCAUGAGAAACACUACAGAUAUGUCAGUACUCAUGAUGUGGCAUAUUGGGCUCGCAGCUUUGCUAUGGACUUGGAUAGAGCAUGCCAAGAUCAUUUUAGUAAGCGCUGCUGGGGGAUUGGUUUUGGCCUUAGUUUCAGAGUCGUCUCUCUUUCUCCUAGUUUUAGGAGGCUUUCUAUUGAUCACAUUGUUUCAGCAUAUAAACGAACAAAUAGAAGAGCAAUAUUUCUGGACUAUGAUGGCACUGUUGUUCCGGAAGCUUCCAUUGUUAAAUCUCCUAGCCCUGAAGUUAUCUCUAUCAUCAAGACCCUCUGUGAUGAUCCUAAGAACACUGUGUUUAUCGUUAGUGGGAGAGGGAGAACUUCACUUAGUGAGUGGCUUGCUCCGUGUGAGAAGCUGGGAAUAGCUGCUGAACAUGGGUACUUCAUAAGAUGGAGUAAGGACUCUGAAUGGGAAACUAGCCCUGUCGGUGCUGACCUUGAAUGGAAAAAAAUCGUGGAACCUGUUAUGAUGCAGUAUAGAGAGGCAACAGAUGGCUCCACCAUAGAGCCUAAGGAGAGUGCUUUGGUAUGGCACCAUCAAGAUGCGGACCCUGAUUUUGGAUCAUGCCAAGCUAAGGAAUUGCUAGAUCAUCUGGAAAGUGUUCUUGCAAAUGAACCAGCAGUUGUUAAUAGAGGCCAGCAUAUUGUUGAAGUUAAGCCACAGGGAGUAAGGAAAGGGCUUGUUGCAGAAAAGGUUUUGUCGAGAAUGGUCAAUGGUGGGGAGCCACCCGAUUUUGUGAUGUGUGUCGGUGAUGAUAAAUCUGACGAAGAUAUGUUUCAGAGCAUAUUAACUUCACUAUCUAAUCCAUCCUUGCCCGUGGAUCCAGAAAUCUUUGCAUGCACUGUUGGGCGAAAGCCUAGCAAAGCUAAGUAUUUCCUCGAUGACACUGCUGAUGUUUUGAAGUUACUUAAAGGCCUUGCAACUGCCACAAUUUCAAAGCCUAGGUGCCUGCCUCAUAUUCAGGUUUCUUUUGAGAGUAAUGGUUGACAUAAACUUGGCGGCUGCCUUAAAUUUACCAGUUCUACACAUUAGAGUGCCCGAUUUGCUUCAAGGGAUUCCUUGAAUGAGAAAAACCUCAAUAGUAAUUUAUCUGAAGUGUUGGUAGUACUUUCCAGAUACUAUUCUAAUGGGAUACCCGGCG